AUGGCUGAAAAACCGGGGAACGAGCCUGAGGCGGAGUGCCCGGUCUGCUGGAACUCAUUCAAUAACACUUUCCGAACCCCCAAGCUACUAGACUGCCGCCACUCCUUCUGCAUAGAAUGCCUGGCCCACCUGAGCUUGGUGUCCUCCUCGAGGCACCGGCUGCUGUGCCCCCUCUGCCGCCACCCUACGAUCCUGGCUUCGGACCGUCCGGUGACGGAGCUGCCCACGGACGCCGCGGUCCUGACCCUGCUGCGCCUGGAGCCCAACCAUAUCAUCCUGGAGGGCCGGCAUCUGAGCUUCAAGGAUGAGCGCAAGAACAGAUAUUUCCUGCGCCAGCCCAGGGUCUACACCCUCAAUUUGGAUGUUGAGCCAGAGAGCCAGACCGGCCCAGCCCAGCAGGGGGCGGCGCCCCCUGCCCCUGUGCCCGUCCCUAGCCACUUGUCCCUGCGCGAGUGCUUCCGCAACCCUCAGUUCCGCAUCUUUACCUACCUGAUGGCCGUCAUCCUCAGUGUCGCCAUGCUGUUAAUCUUCUCCAUCUUCUGGACUAAACAGUUCUUCUGGGGUGCAGGAUGA